AUAGAUGAUCUAAAAGAAAGAGGAUAUGUUUAUGAGUUAGGAAUAUUCAACUAUGCAUUUUCCAAGAAAGAACCUUCAUUAUCAUUACAUUAUACUAAAUAUCUUUCCGAAGCGCAUGAAAAACUUGACAAUGCAGAAAACGCAUCGAAUAUGGAGACUGUCAAGAUACUAAACUCAACUGAAUGGUGUGAAAUUCACAAAGGUGAAAUGCUAGGUUAUUCAAAGGAACUAAGAGAAAAAGUAGAAAGAUUAAAGGAUCGUGAGGCAGUAUUCUUAAGUCACGUGUUUGAAGCUAUAUUAAAAGCUGAUGGGUUCACUUAUGAAAAUGGAUUAGAUAAUUAUAACUUCUCUAUAAAACAAUCAUAUUUUAUAGAAGCAUAUAAAAAUUAUCUUGAUGUAGAGGCUUCUAAAUUGAUCGAUGGACUUGAAGGAACGGUUGCCUGGUGUCGUAAUAACCAUUAUGCAGUAGGAUGUCUAGACAUACGAGGAGUACAAAAGCAUUGGAUGCAAGCUUUUUGCAACUGA